ACACAAUUCGGUGUGCCCUCACAAUUCGAUGAUCUACAGCACCAAAAGGGGAUCAAAAGCAACAGCUGGUUCAACCACGAUGCUGCUAGCCACCAGAGCAACAACACCAAAAAAUCCGUUCGACGUAUCGCUUCAGCGCCUAAUGCUAAAAACAUGCUAGAAAACAAGAAGCAUAAUUUGAAUCGAUCCGAAACGCUUAAAUUGAAUCGACGCUCCUAUGCAGCGAAUAGCGUCAAAGUGCGUGAAGUCCAAGUAGGACCGAGCAGUUUCUCCAAAGUACGAUUAUUAGGCAGAGGCGACGUUGGCAAGGUUUACUUGGUUAAACAGAAAGGCACCGAGAAAAUGAUGGCCAUGAAAGUCUUGUCAAAGAAAGAAAUGAUCCGACGGAACAAGAUCAAACGAGUUUUAGCGGAACAAGAAAUCUUGGCGAGCGCCAAUCAUCCGUUCAUUGUGACCCUCUAUCAUUCGUUUCAAAGCCAAGACUUCUUGUACUUUGUUACUGAAUAUUGUAUGGGAGGUGAAUUCUUUCGAGCGCUUCAAUCUCGACCAGGCCGGUGUCUUAAUGAAGAAGGGGCGAAAUUCUAUGCUGCAGAGGUGAUUGCUGCACUCGAAUAUCUUCAUCUGCAAGGCUUUAUUUAUCGCGAUCUGAAACCUGAAAAUAUUUUGCUGCAUCAAAGCGGCCAUCUGAUGCUGACUGACUUUGAUCUGAGCAAACAAUCAAACCCGCCAUGUCCACCAAACAUUGUCAAAUCCGCCUCUCCUCAUAUUCCACCUUCCAUCGACACAAAAACGUGCAUUGCACACUUGAGGACCAACAGCUUUGUGGGAACUGAAGAAUACAUUGCGCCAGAAGUGAUCCGCGGGUGUGGCCACACAAGCGCAGUGGAUUGGUGGACACUAGGCAUUCUAAUUUUUGAAAUGUUGUAUGGGACAACGCCCUUCAAAGGCGCAACCCGCAACGAAACCUUUUCGAAAAUCUUGCAUACGGACAUUAUUUUCCCUGAACGUCGACGUGCCAAAACUGAACCGCAGGCGGUUUCAAACAAUUGCAAAAACUUGGUUCGUCGUUUACUCGACAAGCAGGAGGAUGCUCGGCUCGGCUCGCGCGCAGGCGCUAGCGAUGUCAAGGCCCAUCCGUUCUUUCGGACGAUCAAGUUUGCUCUUCUAAGGCAUAUGACACCACCCAUCGUGCCUUCGCAAAGUAUUCAAAACCCUCAACGCCCCUUGCAUGAAAGCGUGAGUUUGGAUCUUGAUCGUGAUGCGCCCAUCGAAGCAAGUAACAGCAAUCCCUUCUCAAAGUUUAAUUCUGUGACGUUAUACCAUGAAGGAGACUCGGAUUCGGAGACCAUUGUCUUUUCGGAGGACUAAAGAAAUUGAGGGCUGUGCCCCAUCAUCUUCAAACGUGUGCCUCUCGUUUACUCCCUAAUUAUUGUUCUACCAUAUACUCUUUUCUCUCUUAUUU